AUGGCCCAGGCGCAGCAGUACAUCGGGUCCAAGAUCAGCCUGAUCUCCAAGAGCGAGAUCAGGUACGAGGGCAUCCUUCACGACAUUAACAAUGUUGAUUCCUCUUUGACGGUCCAGAACGUCAAGUCCUACGGCACCGAGGGUCGCAAGAAGGUUGGCCCGCAGAUCCCGCCCAGCGCGGAGAUCUACGAUUACAUCGUGUUCAAGGGCACAGACAUCCAGGACAUCCAGAUCGAGCAGUCCGGUGCCCCGCAGCAGCGCCCUCCUCAGCAGCAGGCGCCCGCACCUGCGCCCGCGCCCCAGCACCAGGCGCCUCCCCCGCAGAACUAUCAGCAGCUGCAGUACCAGCAGCCUCCUCGCCAGCAGUACCAGCAGCCUGCGCCCGCUCCAGCGCCGGCCGCGCCCCCUUCCAACCCAUGGAACCGCGCGCCCGUCGCCCAGCCGGCUCCCGUGAUGCGGCAGCAGCAGCAGCAGCAGCAGCAGCAGCGCCGCCAGGCUCCCGCUCCCGCUCCCGCUCCCGCCCCCGCGGCGCCCAAACCCAAGCCCACCAGCUUCGCGGCUGCCAUCGGCGGCGGCGGCGGCGGCGUCCAGCCCAAGGGUCAGGUUGCGAGGGUGCCCUCGUCCACCGUCGGCGGUCGCGCUCCCCCCGCACCCCGCGCCGGAACGGCGGGUGGUCGCGGCGGCGCGAGGGUUCCCGCGCCCCGCGCCGGGCCCGCACCCGUCAUGGGCGAUGGAUUCCUUCCCACGCGCAUGGCUGUUCCCCAGGAGGACUUCGACUUCAACGCCGCGUUCAGCAAGUUUAACAAGGAGGAGCUCUUCAACAAGGCGGAGAUGAAGAAGGCGCUGCCCGACGUCUCCGCGGGUCCAACGUACGUCAAGGACGAUUUCUUCGACACCAUGAGCUGCGAGGCGCUCGAGAAGCAGCAGGAGAUGCAGCAGCAGGGCGGUCGCGCUCGCUUCGCCCAGAUGCGCAGGCACGACAUGGAGACCUUUGGCGCCGCCGGCGGUGCUCGCAGAACCCAGGAUCAAGGAGGUCGCGGUGGCCGCGGAGCGCCGGGAGGUCGCGGUGCGGCGGGUCAGGGUGGACGCGGCGGCAGGGGUGCCGGUCAGGGUGGCCGCGGCGGACGCGGUGGGCGUCGCUGA